AUGGAAUCAAUAAUAAAGAUUAAUGGAUUAAAGUCUGUACGUACUCAUCAGCCUGCGCUACUGCAAAAUUCAUGUCCUAAAAAUCUCCUUAAGCCAAUGAAAUAUGUAAAUAAAAGCUCAAAAAGAUCACAAUCAUUGUACCUUUUGGAAGCCGUAUCUGAGAAAAGCCAGCUUUUUUACUCUAGACAACAUAAUGCCAAUGCACUUUACUUCAUUGCUCCUGGUGGGCAUCUGCGGAUACCGGGAUGGCGAGUUGUUUCUAGUGGAUCCAUCUCUUUUAGGAUUCUUACAAAAUCUUCAAACGCUUUAUUAAUUUAUGCUAGCUCUCUUGAACUACUUGACAUAAUGGGCCGCCGAGUCCAUAAUGAUAUGUCAAUGGAUGUAGCUGACGGUCAAACUGGAAUAAGCAUCUCAGCGGAAGGAAUUGAUGGAGAUUUUGGUGGUGGUCAAAGGGGUAUCGGGAGUGGCGACCUUUUCGCAUUAGAGCUACGUGAAGGUCGAUUAGUAUGCUUGAUGGACGCAGGGGGCGGUCUAAUUCAGACAGUAGCAAUGGAGACGACUGGAUCCAGGACAACAGGUGGGUUAUCGGAUGGCAAGGAGCAUUUAGUUAGAAUAGAAAUAUCUCUUGGUGAUGAGAUCCUGACGAAUACUAAGAAUACGAAGCCAGAUAUCAAACAUGUUAUCAAUUCUGCAGAUGCUAAUUUUACAAGAGCUGAAAGAAUCGGCACUACUAGAGUAAAGGGGACUGGUGCAAUGGUGAAAAUAUGGAUCGAUGGUAAAGAAAUCGCAACCCAACAGAGAAGAAGUAUUAGCCGUAGUGGAAGCGCGAGGAAUGCUGAAGAAGCAACGUGA